AUGGACUGUGAGAAUAGUGAUACUCAUGACGACGAUGAAGUAUCAGAAGGUGAAGAGGAAAAACGAGGUUCAGAAAUCUAUCUUCCAGGUCAAUCACGCCCUCUUCGUGAUGAUGAGGAGUUGGUAAUGGACAAAUCGGCCUACAGACUGUAUUAUCAUCUUCAAGUUGAGGCGCCUUCUCUUUCCUUUGAACCCCUCCUCGAUUGCUUGGGAGAUUCACGAGAAGUUGAAAUGAACGGAGUCGAUCCGUUGACGAUCUAUCUUGCUGCAGGUACACAGGCGCAGGAAGAAAAAGACAACAGCAUAAUUGUUAUGCGGUUGUCCAACAUGAGACCAAUGACUGCAAAGGAGACUGGAGAUGAGUCCGACUCAGAUAGUAGUUCGGAUGGUGAAAUCGGUGAAGACCUCGACAGUCUACCAGAAGUGGAAUGUGCGAAAGUUUGUCAUUCCAGUGGCACAAUCAAUCGACUUCGUGCUCACAAAUUUCAGGAAUCGUAUCUCGCCGCUACAUGGUCCGAGUCUGCUGAGGUGAAUAUUUGGGACCUAAGUCGACCCCUUCUGGCUGUGAACGACUCCGCGGUGAUGGCCGAAUACACUCGAAAUCACGAGUCCCCUACACCUCUCUUCACCUUCAAGGGUCACAGAACAGAGGGCUACGGCCUGGCCUGGAGCUCAUGCUCCACGCCCUUCAGUAACCUAGCCACUGGUGACAAUAAUGGGGCCGUUUUCAUUUGGCAGUCCGGGCCUUCGAAUUGGACGGUGUCAUCAAAGCCCUACAGGGGUCACCAGGGCUCUGUGGAGGAUAUUCAGUGGUCACCGAGCGAACCCACCGUCUUUAUUACCGCUUCCACUGAUCGCAGUUUCUGUGUCUGGGAUACUCGCAGCGGACUUAGGACGUCAGCUAUGAUAACCGUGGCAAAUGCGCACGCUGCAGAUGUUAACGUGGCCUCGUGGAACGCGCAGCAACCGGGCACCCUCCUAACCGGAGCUGAUGACGGUUGUAUUCGCGUGUGGGACCUCCGCAUGGUGCUUCGAUGCUACGGUCCUGGCGGUGGUGGCGGUGACAGCGCUCUAACAGCGUACACCCAUUCCUUUUCUUUUCACAGUUCGCCAAUCACCUCGAUCGAAUGGCACCCCACGGAGGCUGGCAUCUUCGUGGCGAGUUCGGAGGAUGACACAACGAGUCUGUGGGACUUAGGCUUGGAGCAGGAUGCGGUGGAGAACGAGGAAAAGCGUGACUCCAAUCUCCCAGUGCAACUCCUCUUUCUGCACAGCGGCCAGCGGGAGGUGCGCGAGAGCCGAUGGCAUCCUCAGGUGCCUGGUCUAGUCAUCAGUACCGCUCUCGACGGCUUCAAUGUCUUUCGCACCAUUAGUGUAUGA